AUGGUUCUCCAAUUCGCCUCAAUCGGAACCAAGCUCGAGUCAACAGUAAUCGGAAGCCAAGAGAUGUGGACACGUCUUCUACUUGUGAUAUGGCUGGUCGACGUGGCGAAUGCCAACAUGAGUUGUCUUGUAAUGAGACCAGGAUACGGUUUGGUGACAGAAGACUGUCCGUCUCAUGCGGUUGGAUGCAGAAUCAGAGCAAAGAAGGAUCAUAUUGAAUGGUACGAGCUCUCACGUCUCUACGAUAGAAACCAGCUCGUCUGUGUAUACCCGGAAGAAUAUAAAUCGAUGACAGGAUGUAUGCGUAAACCAUCAGGAAGUAUUCGUUGUUGGUGUGGGGGACGUGAGAACUGUAACGAUCCAGAGACGAGUCGAGACCUUUAUGAAGCAUUUACUGAAGGAGAUAAUGAGGCGGUGGAGAAGAUUUCGGAAUGGUUAAAGUCGGAGAAGGAUGAGAGUUCUUGGAAAAAGUUCACCACCACUGAAGAACCUCCAACGACUACAACCAGAAGAACGACCACUCCAAGACGAACGACAAUUCGGAAGAAGCCAAGUACAACUACCACAACUACGACUACUACAACGACAACGACUACUGAAAAACCCACCAUCACUACCACUACUCCAACUACAACAACUCCACGAAUCACUCCAAAGAAAUCCACGAAGAGAAUCGGUUCGGGACAAAGUACCGCAACUUCAGACCCACCACUGUUCCCGAAAGAUGCCUCGAAGGCAAGAGUGAUAAAUAUUGUCGAUAUUCGGGAUAAGGCUGUUCCCCUUCCGAAUGACGACAUUUCACUUGACGACACAUUUGAAGAGACUCGACGGAAAUUGGAAAAGGAGAUGAAAGAAGAAGACGAACGAUUGAGAGAAAUGCUUGCUGAUGAAGAAGAGGAGGAGAAUUCAAAUGAUAUUUCGGAUGUGGAAGAUGAUGAUGUGACAGCUGAAGAGCAGAGAGAGGAAGAAAGAGAGAGGUAUAGAAUGGAGAGAAGACGUGCUGAAGAACGACGUCUCCAAGAGGACACAAUACUCCGUCGAAUCGAGGAGGAAGAGAUUAAAGAAGCUGAAAAAGAGAGACCAAAUCGACGAGAAACUGAUGAAGAUAUUUAUGGAAGUGAUUUUGAGAAUUCGGCAGUUGGCUCAGGUUGGCGUGUUGCCAAUACGAUCAGCAUCGACAAUGAGAUCAUCGGCGAACCGGAUAUUGAAUGUCUCGAAGAUGAAAUACGCAUUUGGGUAAAGACGAGGAAGAUUUUUGCAGGAAGGAUAUACGCAAAAGGAAGAGCUGAACUGGAGGAUUGCUAUAAAGAUGAUUUUGCAAAUCAGAAAACGAGGAAACCACAUUUUGAUCUGCAAUUCGGAGCAUGUGGAAUGAAAAGUUUGAGAUCUGUGGACCCCCGUGGAAUGUACUACGGUAUCACAGUCGUCGUCUCUUUCCACCCUCUAUUCAUCACAAAAGUAGACCAAGCGUACCAUGUGAAAUGUUUCUUCGAAGAGGCGAACAAGGGGCUCACAGCUGAAUUAGGAGUUAGUAUGAUUCCGACAACCGAACUGGAAGCAAGACAUGGAGUACCUGGAUGUACUUACUCGAUUCAUUCGUCUACUAUUGAUGAGUUGGAUGCUGGAAGACCUGCAGGGCAGCCAAUUCAAUUUGCGAGAGUUGGAGAUCGAGUACUUCAUCAGUGGCAUUGUAAUGAUCAAAUGUAUGGAGUACUAAUCAAUAACUGCUACGUAACUGAUGGAUUUGGAAAGAAAUCAGAUGUGAUCGACGACAAGGGAUGUGUAAUUGACCCGAUUCUUAUCACUGGAAUCCGUUAUUCAUCUGAUCUUCAACGUGCGUACGCAGAGUCUUCAGUCUUCAAAUUUGCUGAUAAACCGGGUGUUUGGUUCUUCUGUCAAGUUCAAAUGUGUAUGAAGAAGCAUGGAAUGUGUGAUGGGAUUACGCCCCCAUCAUGCGGUUCCCAGAACAGACCAAUCUCGUCCGGUGGUGAUGAAAACGGAGGAUUCGAAGAAGAGAAGCCACAGAGGAAGACAAAGAAACCACCAGUUCAAGACUAUGAUUAUGAAUCAGAGAAACCGAAGACCACACGGGCGCCUCCACGAGAGAGAACAACGCCUUCCAGUGAUUAUGAUUAUGAUAAUAAUGAAUCGCCCAAGUUGCACAGCCCGAACUCCCAUUCCUAUAACAGCGUCACCCCACCACUGGACUAUGAAAGUGUCACAUUAACAGCCUUCUCCCCACCAAUCAACCCGGCUACUGUAGGAACCGAAAGUGUGUCGAAGACAUUUGAAACAGAGGAUGACCUGGCUUCUUCUUCAUCGGUGACGUCAGAGCCGAAGAGCAAGAAAAUUGGAAAAAGCGAUUACAACGAUUAUGAUGAAGUGACGAUACCGCCGAAUCUCACCGAUUUGCUCGCCAAUCUACCCGAUGACAUUAGCAGUGACAGUAUACAGAAAAUGUUGAGAGACUCCGUGGACAACCCGAAAGCCCUGCUCGCAGAAUUCGGUAAACUAAUGAAGGCGAAAAAGAUGAAACAACCGGAUUCUCGAAAGUAUCAUUCCCGAAACUUACGAGAAUUAAAACCAGGAGAUUUGAGAUCUGGAGAGAAAAUAGAUCAAAUUGAAGUGGAUUGGACAUCGACACGUCGGAGGGAUGUUCCGUCGAUUCCUGAAUUCGAUGAAUCCAAUAAAUAUGAUAAGCCUAUGUUGGCUGGACAACUUCUCAUCUUCGAUUUGGAUGAAGAACCACCGAAUGACAUCGGAUUACCACCAAAAGCAUCCAAGAACUCUUCUCCAUCAGCCUGUUCUAUUUCCAAGGAUGGUCUUUUGGCAGUGUUGGCUGGAUUUGGAGCACUUCUGGCUGCUCUAAUUGCACUAAUUGCAUUCCUUAUUAUUCGGCUGAAAAGUCAGACUUCCCCAAUCGGCCAAAACGUUCCAAUUUUCAAGCAGUUCCAGUAUGCUCAAAAACGAUUUUUCGAAUCUUCCUAA